AUGGCAGAUGAAUAUGCAGCUGUUAAACGUGCCAAAUUGGUUUUUAAGGGAGAUAAGCCUAAAGCUAAAAAAAGAAAACAUAAAAAUAAGGAUAACUCUACACAUUCCAAAAUUGAUGAUGAUCUUGAAAAACAUGGAAAUUGGUGGAAAGUUGAAAAGAUUGAGGAUCUAACUGGUCCCAUUUCUAUUGAAUUUGGAAAUCUUUCCUAUAUAUCAGCAUUAGAUAAUGGUUUAUUUACUUUGGGUGCUCCUCAUAAUGAAGGUGAAGGUCCAUCUCCAGAGGAAAUAUUUACUGCCUUUCCUGCAGGAGAAAACAAAUUUGCCCUCAAAUCAGGAUAUGGAAAAUAUCUAGGUAUAUCCAAAGAUGGUGUUGUUAUUGGAAGAUCUGAUGCUGUAGGACCUAUGGAACAAUGGGAACCAGUAUGGCAAGAUGGUAAAACAGCAAUACUUAGUUCAUUAAAUAAAUUUGUCUGUGUGAAUAAUGAGGAUGAUUCUAUAGUCGCUAUACGUGUUUCCGCGACCAACCAAGAGUUUUGUAAUAUUCGUAGUAAUAGAAGUAAAGUUGUGCAGAAAGUUGUAGUGCCUGAGGAAGAAGGGAACUUAGCAGAAGUUGAAGUCAACUAUGUAAAAAAGUUUCAAAAAUUCCAAGAUAAAAAACUGCGCAUAAAUGAUGCAGGUGUAGUUGAACUAAAGAGAGCAAAGGGGGAUGGUAAUCUUCAUGAGACAUUAUUAGACAGACGGGCCAAGAUGAAAGCAGACAGAUAUUGUAAAUAG